AUGCUUGGAAUUCAAAUUCCAAAUGGCCCUCAAACUGUGCUAAAAGGUCAAAGGAUUCUGAUACCCGCACUUGUCGAAAGAAUCAGACAACCACUACCUCCAGAUGCCAAUGAGAUUCAAGUUCAUCAGUACACUCGCUGCUAUAUACUAGCCCUACUAGGGGAUAUGGUAUUUCUUGACAAGUCCGGAGAUAGGGUUCAUCUCAUGUGGUUAGAGUUCAUGCAGAACCUUCGUAAUCCACGCAAGUAUAGUUGGGGUAGUGCAGCCUUAUCAUGGUUGUACAGACAGCUAUGCAAUGCAACCGACAAGAAAGCAAAGCAAAUUAGCGGACCAUUGAUUUUGGUCCAAUUGUGGAUAUAUGUCAGUUUGCCACAUAUGUCCCCACAGAUGGUGCCCCAACCCGAGAGUGUUUAUGGUCCACCACUACCACCAAUUCCUCUUGCUAUGAAGUGGGCAGGGGCGAUGAGUACAAAGAAUGCUCCCACGCACAUGCUUUCUGCAUAUCGCAAUCAAAUUGCCACAACACAGCCCAACCAGGUUAAGUGGGAGCUAUAUGGAAAUGACUUAAGCCACCUUCCUCCUUCCUCCUAG